GUCUGGGAGAGGGAAGAGAGUCUGUAUGGUGACAACUUCCGAGGCUGCAUUUCUCCGCUGCAGUGAACGCUUGUGUGGAGGACACCGGAGAGAGAUGACGCUGCAUUGAUUUGGGAGUGUGUGAGUGAGACGGAGAGUGAGCAGAGCUUGGAUAGUUUGGAGGUUUUGGCUAAGGACAGAAAAUUCUAAGAGUCAUGAAGGUGAACAUUUUGAAACUGGAAAUAUUUUCUGCCAGAUGGGGAGAGGGCAAUUUAGCCUGAACUGAUGUAGCACAGAGCCUAAUAUCCAGCUCAGUCUGCCUUCAGAUAUACAUGUGGAGCUCUCCAUGACUUCUGUCUUCUGACAUGAAGAAAGAUAUAGAGACCUUAAUAGCAGAAGAGAGAGCAGAGAUCAUCGCCAAAUAUGAAAAGGGAAGGCAGGAAGGAGCUCAUAUUGACCCAUGGGAAGAUGCUGACUUCACCCUGUAUAAAGUCACAGACAGAUUUGGAUUUCUGCAUGAGCAUGAACUGCCAACCCGCAGUGCAGUGGAAGAGAAGCAAAAGCUGCAAGAGAUUGAACGAGUGGACAAAUGGCUGAAGAUGCUGAAGAAAUGGGGCAAAUACAGAAAUAGUGACAAGAUGUUCCGCAGGGUUUACAAAGGGAUCCCCCUGCAGGUGCGAGGCCAAGUCUGGUCACUCCUGCUGGACAUUGAGAAGAUAAAGACUGAGAAUGAAGGAAAGUAUGAGAAAAUGAAAGAACAAGCCAAGAGCUUCUCAUCAGAAAUCAAGCAGAUAGACUUAGAUGUAAACCGCACCUUUCGAAACCACAUCAUGUUCCGGGAACGCUACGGGGUCAAGCAGCAAGCAUUGUUCCAGGUCCUUUCGGCAUACUCCGUUUACAACACCGAAGUGAGCUACUGCCAAGGGAUGAGUCAGAUUGCUGCCAUCCUGCUGAUGUAUUUAAAUGAAGAGGAUGCCUUUUGGGCACUGGCACAACUACUGACCAAUCAGAGACAUGCAAUGCAUGGGUUUUUCAUUCCCGGGUUCCCAAAGCUGCAGAGAUUUCAGGCCCAUCAUGAGCAGAUUUUAAGCAAACUAUUUCCGAAGCUGAAGAAGCACAUGGACAAGGAGCAGAUGACAACGGGGAUUUACACAACCAAGUGGUUCCUGCAGUGCUUCAUUGACCGGACUCCCUUCACGCUUACCUUGCGGUUGUGGGAUAUCUACAUCCUGGAAGGAGAACGAGUUCUGACAGCCAUGGCGUACACCAUCUUGAAGCUGCACAAAAAACGCUUACUGAAGAUGUCCCUGGAGGACUUACGGGAAUUCCUGCAAGAGAGAAUUGCUGCUUCUCUGCAUUAUGAAGAUGAUAUCAUUAUUGAACAAUUGCAAACGUCCAUGACUGAAUUGCGCAAAAUGAAAUUUGACCUUCCUCCCCCAGCAAAACCUGAAGAAUUCCCUAAGAAACCUUUGGGGCUGGAACUUUCUCUAAAUCUCGUGGCACUGAAACCCUGCAUUGCAGUGAAUGGCCAGAAUAAGGCUGCCACUAACCUCGACCCUGAGCGAGAUACAAAGCUGUCCUCUCCAAACAGCCCUGCUCAUCUGAAUGAAACUACUGGUAACGCGAACAUGGCAAUAAACGAGAGGCUCCCUGCUCUGCAACAGGAUGGGCCUCCCUCAGCAGCAGCAGCAACAGAUGUGCAUCAGCAUCCAUUUAAGCGCCACCAGCAAUGCCAGGAGGAAAACCAGCAUGGAGAAGAAAAUCAGGUGGAGACGCCAAAGGAAGUUGCUGGUGAAACCCCGUCACAGGAGCUGUCUCCUCCAGAAGGGAAUGAGGUUCAGGCCCUCCCGGAGAGCCAGGAUGCACCACCAGUGAGCAGGGAGGCUGUCUCACAAGAGAGUCCUCAGACUCUCAGUGCAGGAACUGGUAAAGAGGAACUGCAGGAACAUAGCCCCUCCCCUGCUGUAGGCAACACAAACCAGGCCGUUCUCCACACAGCUCAGCUGCAGACACCUCAGCAAGCACAACCCGAAGGGACAGCCAUGGACAACUCUGCAGGGGACAUUGCCACCCAGAGCCACAACCCCCAAGUAGAUCUGCCUGUCAGUCACAAUAAUAUAUUAGCAGGUCAGGAGUUGCCAAACCAAACGCCUUCUCUUCCUUCCCUUGCCGAACAAAGACCCUCAGACGCUUCUGUGCAAAACGUCUCGAGUCCUGAAGACACGAGUGCUAUCAUCUUCCCAGUGGAUUUACUGACAGGGCUGCCUCCAGAGCAGCAGCACCGGCCUCCCAGUACAGACUUGCGCUCAGCACCAGAACAAAACCGUGCUUCUCCUUGCGAUUUGUCAGAGAAAGUACAAAUGCCUGUCUUGUGUAUGGAGAAGGCCCUUGAUACUCUCUCUCUCCCUCUGCUUGAUGGUAGACGACGGCCUUCUAAUGUAUCUCAGUAUGACAACAUAUCUGAAUUGGAGUACAGUGAGGAUAACUCUUCUGGGCAGGUGCCCAGUAUCGAGAAACUCAGCGGUGCAGUGCCACAGAACAAACCAGAUUUAAAAUCCUCAGUACCCAAGUCUGCAUCUGUGGGUGAGAUUGCAGAUCUGGGGAUGCACUCAGAAGGGAGCACAGACUCAGCACAGCAGACAAUAGGACUGGGCCACUUAGCCUUCAACUCGCUUCCUCAUCAGAGACUGUCUGGUGGCAGCGGCAGUGUGCCAAUCUUAUCUAUGCUUGAUUCUGGGGCAGUUCAGCUGGCAGAGGGUCUACACGACCGACACCUGUCAUCCCCGGCUUUACAGGGGCAGUCCACCCCGUAUAAAAUAGUUAAAACCACCACCCCACUUCACGUGGCUCAUGCUACCGAGCAGGACUACCUGAACCAAAAAAAAAUAGCAUUGCCUUUGCAAGAGGGCAGUCAUCAUGUAGGUGCAGCCUUGAUGGCAGCUGAUGGAGGGGCAGAACUUGAGGUUGUGGCUGCCAACCAGUGUGCGCAGAAGUCAUUAAAUGCAUUGAGAGAGCCACGUCCCUGUCUACCCCCAAAGCCAAAAAUACCACCCAAGGUUGCCAAAGCCCAUUCAGAGAACAGUUUCUAUCCAGGCUGCCCUUCCACAAUGCAGAUGUCCAAGUCAGUGACAUUUUAACAGGGGUAGGGCCACGGAGGGGAAACAAACAAUAUAAUUACAUUGUCUGUCUAUUCAUGAGACAUCCUUAUAAAGGUUUGCAACUAAAAGGCAACACAGCCCAGGGUAGAGAUGACGGGAGAUGAUCCUGUGCUGAGCUGUGUUUGGUAUGACUGCUUGGGGAGUCAUGCAGGAGUAGGAACCGUGGCCAACAGACAAUGUACUGGUGCCAGGAGGUGGUUAAAAAGUCUGUGGGGGUUUUUUCUGCGGACAAAUCACAAAGUGCUUUCACCCCUGCUCGCGUGCAGAGAGAGGCAAAGCUGGUUAAAGUGCUAAAUAUUUUGACUGUUUUUUCUCCCAUCGUUUUUAUAAACACAAGAGCUUGGCCUCAUAAACCAGAGUUUAGUUUCUGUUAAGGGGGGAAUAGAUAACAAUGCAGAGGGUUUUGAGCCAUUGUUACAAACAGAUAGAGAAGCUGUGAGAAGACAGAGAGAGGGGCCUUCUUUACAAAUAAGCACUUGGUCCGUGUGGCCAGUAGCAUUUUUCCAAUUGCCUUUUGCAGCAAUAGAUUUUUCUGAAGUCCUAAUAGCCAGCAGUCCUUUAAACAAGGCUAUUGAGUAUUCUUACCAGGAAAGCCAGCCUUCCAUAAAGUCUAUGCAACAUCCAGCUUUAUUCCAGAAAUCCCAGUGAGCACUGCUCACGUCCCAGGGGAAAGACUGUGCAUCUUUUCACCUCGAGUGCAAUGGGGCAGUGUUGUAUGCCCAUUCGUAGUUCUCUAGCUCUUUUCCAUUUGCAGUGGGAGGUUUCCUGAAGGGAAGCUGAAUGUUGUAUGCCAAAGUGCUCUUGUGUUCUCUGUGGGUUUGUUCUGGGCUGUAGCAAGGAUUUAUCAGAAAGCAAAGUUAACUUCUGAUGCAAGCAGAAGGGAAGAUGGGAAAGGUGCGUGUGCCAUGCUUCUUCACCAGCCUGCAGGUUUGUGCUGAUCCACUAAAUGUUUGUUCAGAUUCCUUGAGUUCCUCAUGUGACAGGGAUGGAAGGUCGAAGCAGAGCUACAAUCAGUUUUCCAACCUGCCUGUCUGAUCUUGUUCUUUUCUCCGUGAAGCCAGGACAGUGAGCAGGCUCACCGCCUUAGGACUGACUGAAAGGAAAAGGAGGUCACUGCCUUGGUAAAUGACCAAUCAGUGUGUAGCAAUCUAAUAAACACAGGAUGUAUCCUUAUUUGAGCAGUGGAGGGAGUGCUCUGGCUGGUCUUUUGCUUUAGCUAGCAAGCCAUGAGAGUGCAAUAGGAUUUGAUCACUUCUCAUCAAAAUUCCAGAACCUACACUGGUCUCUGCUUUGAGUAACUGAAGUGUCAGUGUGGAAACCACACUGGAGUUAGAAAGGAAGGUGGGCAAAGUUCUGAAAACCUUGGCUCUGCUCCUCCUCGAAAUAGUCUGGCUCUAAAUCAACAGAAUAAGAAGCUGCCAAGAGAAAAUCUUGGCACAGAUUCGGAAGAAGAGGUCUUUCCUGUAAAGCUUAAAGUCUAUGGUCCAGAAAUGCAAAUGUCUUGCCCUUAGAGAAUGAAGAAAGUUGGGGCAGAUUUCUUUAAAAGCAAGCUUACAGCUAAUGGGAAAAUAUUCUGUAAUUACGGAAAAAUGCCAGUCCUGUUUUCUAGUUCAGGAGCCUGAAUUACUGUAAGUACAGCAUAUAGAGCUCUAGGCAUGGUCAUUACAUCCAUGCUUUGUAGUGGGGAACCUGAUUCCACUUGAUUCUGUGGACUUUGGACCAGCUCCUAAAGGUGUGUCCUUGGCCUGGUCUACACUGGGGGGCGGGGAGAGAGAAUCCAACCUAAGAUACGCAACUUCAGCUACGAGAAUAGUGUAGCUGAAGUUGACGUAUUUUAGGACGACUUACCUCGCAUCCUCACAGCGCGGGGUUGAUGGCCGCCACUCGUCUGUCGACUCUGCUUAUGCCUCUUGCUGCAGAGGAGUACAGGAGUUGACGGCAGAGUGAUCGGGGAUCGAUUUUAUUGCAUCUGCACUAGACGUGAUAAAUCGAUCCCCGAUAGAUGGAUCGCUACCUGCCAGAUCGGCGGGUAGUGUAGAUGUACCCCUAGAGAUUAAAGCCAUAAAGGACAUUCAGAUUAUCUAGUCUGAUCUAUGGCAAUCAUUUCGCCCCUGAGCAUGUGAGCAAGAACCAGCCAGCCAAGCAGAUGAGAGAGGGAAAAUGCUCGGAGCUGUCUCAGAACUCUGCCCCACCCUGUCCAGUGUCUCACCUCCAGCCAUGGCCAAUGCUUUAGAGGAAGGAAACCUACAAUACAUUGUGGGGAGAUUCCUUCCUGACCCCCUGCAGGUGACCAGCUGUGUGUGGUGAUUCGAUGUUGAUGUAGCUGACAGCUCUCUAAGGGAGCUCCCCGUUUGUCCCAAGAGAUGGUCUGAGCACAGCACUGGCAGCCAGCAGCUCCUGUUCUUCCACCAGCUUCCUCUCUGGCCUUGGGCAGGUUGUGUAACCUCUUUGCCUGUUCUCCCCAUAUAUGAAAUGGGGGUAAGCCUACUGACUGUCCUAUGUCACAGGGGUGCUGUGGGAUUAGUUGUAAUGUUUGUAAAGCACUUGGAGGAGAAGCGCUUAUAUAAAGGCUAAGUAUUAUGAUUCUCAGCCACCACAGCUCAUUUUCAAUUGUAGCGAAAAGGUGCUUUAGUUGCUUUUAUUUUAGUGGUCCUUCCCCAAUAACUGUGCAGUAGUUUGGAGAGUAACAUGUCUGAGUGUAUUAUACCUGGGCAGUAUUUCAGCAGGAUGAGCAAUAUCCUUUGAUUCAGAACCGUGUGCAUCCUCUUGAGCUCUAGAAGCCAGUGGGCAAUGGAAAUGUUAAAGUAGCUGCCAUCUGCCACUAGGCUUGGUUUCUGUAUGCUGGAGUCUGUUCUCUCCUCCAAGCGCACAUGUAACCUCCACUAAUCUGGGCGGGAGUUGAGCUCACAUGUGAAAGGAGAUUAGACCCCUUUACCUUCACUUUUCUGCUUGCCUGAUCUUGCUCGUUCUGGUAAUUGUAGGCACUGUGAGGUCAGAGAUGGGGAGUAUCUAGGUCCUCUUGUAAGACACACUUUUAAUGUUGAUUGUCUUUAGAACAUUGAAUAGCUGCCUAACGCACAAUACUCGCCACGAAGGCUAACAUCUCCUGUUCUCAUGAAAUGUCACUGGGGAGAGGGCAGCCAAGCUAAUUCCAAGUGUAUAUUUUCCAAAAAUUAUUUGGGUUUUCCUGACCACCUGUCUCGGAGGUAGUAACUGACACACACGCGCACACA